UUUUGAGAAUUUACUUUUGUUUCUUUUGCAGUGUCAUACAAAUUACAUUCCUGUCUGUGGAUCAAAUGGGGACACUUAUCAAAAUGAAUGCUUUCUCAGAAGGGCUGCUUGUAAACACCAGAAAGAGAUAACAGUAGUAGCAAGAGGACCAUGCUACUCCGAUAAUGGCUCUGGAUCUGGAGAAGGAGAAGAGGAAGGGUCAGGGGCAGAAGUUCACAGAAAACACUCCAAGUGUGGACCUUGCAAAUAUAAAGCUGAGUGUGAUGAAGAUGCAGAAAAUGUUGGGGAGCUUUACAAAUCAGGAUUGCACCAUUUUCAGGAUUAUGGUUCAAAAUCAGCUAUUUGGGUGGUACAUGAUGCUAGUGAUCAAAGAGAAGAUGUUUAUAUUGGAAACCACAUGCCUUGCCCUGAAAACCUCAAUGGUUACUGCAUCCAUGGGAAAUGUGAAUUCAUCUAUUCAACUCAGAAGGCUUCUUGUAGAUGCGAAUCUGGCUAUACUGGACAGCAUUGUGAAAAGACGGACUUUAGUAUUCUUUAUGUUGUGCCAAGUAGGCAAAAGCUCACUCAUGUUCUUAUUGCAGCAAUUAUUGGAGCUGUACAGAUUGCCAUUAUAGUAGCGAUUGUCAUGUGCAUAACAAGAAAAUGCCCUAAAAACAACAGAGGACGGCGACAGAAGCAAAACCUAGGUCAUUUUACUUCAGAUACAUCAUCCAGAAUGGUUUAAACUGAUGACUUUUAUAUGUACACUAACCAUGUGAUGUACAUUUAUUAUGUCUUUUUUUAAAGAAUGGAAAUAUUUAUUUCAGAGGCCUUAUUUUUGGACAUUUUUAGUGUAGUACUGUUGGCUCGUAUUUAGAAUAUUCAGCUACAACAGUUUUGGACUGUUUAGUAGUCUUUGUUUUAUGUUUUUAAAUACAGAAAUUGAUUUCACAAAUUUAUACCACAUGGUAAUUCUAAGACUUGUUCUUUACCCAUGGAAUGUAAUAUUUUUGCAAAGAUGGACCACUUCACAAAUGGUUAUAAAGUCAUACCCACUUCUUCCACAAUGACCACAACAAAUGACCAAGCAUGAACUAAAGGUAAAGAUGUUUACAGAUUACUUUUCUUACAAAAAAAAAAGAUAAAAAAAUCUAGAAGACACUGUGUUUAAAUAGACAUUUAAAUGUUUUUGAGAUUUAGUAACUGAUUUUUUAGACACUGCCUAUCGCAUGAACUGUAAAGUUGUGUGUGUUAGAUGUAAAAUAUUUGUAAGUUGUAUGGAUUGGAAUUUGAUUAUUCCUCUCUUUGAAAAAAUAAUUCUGAUAAUUCGGAAAAGUAUCUGGUAGCAAAGAUGGAACAGAUCACUGGAAAGUAGAUUUUUAGAUAUUGUGAAAAUAGUCUGUUUAACAAACAGAUUGGAAUAAAGCCUUCUCUAUCAGUUAAACUACCUUGAUACACAUUCAUUUUUAAGAAAAUAUUUGUUUUAACAUAAAUAAACAAAGUGUAUCCGUGUUUGUGAAUAAAAUGCAAAAAUGAUUGUUAAUGAUUGGUGCUCUUAAGGUGAGCUUAAAAAUUAUCUAAGACCUCUAUCCAAAUUUGUCCUGUAGUAAUAGCUGUAUUAAUAGGUUGUUGGUGUUUAAAGAUCUGAAGUGUGAGUAGAAUGUAUUCAGCUGUUUAACUUGUAGUUUAGAUAUAUGCAUGUAGAAUUUAAGAAUAUGUUCAAAAUUAAAUAUUAAUUUUAAUAUUUGGUUUGGAAAAGCAUGUUAUAAUAUAAUGUUUUCACUAUA